UUUAUACAACUUUCUAAUAAAAUUUUCGCGAGCUCGUAUUUUCAUUUGCAGCAGCGAUUAGGGUUUCGUUCGAAGCAUUGAGUAAAGCAUUUUCAGCAAUCUAGGGUUUCGGAUUUGGGGAAUUUUCUAGAAGAAUGAGCGCUGUCAACAUUACAAACGUUGCUGUAUUGGAUAAUCCGGCACCGUUUCUCAGUCCUUUCCAGUUCGAGAUCUCUUAUGAGUGCCUCGAUGCCCUUAAAGAUGAUUUAGAAUGGAAGAUAACUUAUGUGGGAUCUGCUGAGGAUGAGACUUAUGACCAACUCCUAGAAAGUGUAUUUGUUGGACCUGUAAAUGUUGGGAAAUAUCGUUUUGUGCUUCAGGCUGAUCCUCCUGAACCAUCCAAAAUUCGUGAAGAAGAUAUUAUUGGUGUCACAGUAUUGCUAUUAACAUGCUCUUAUGCGGGGCAAGAAUUUAUUCGAGUAGGAUAUUAUGUGAACAAUGAUUACGAUGAUGAACAAUUAAAAGAGGAACCACCUCAGAAAGUUUUGCUUGAUAGGGUCCAGAGGAAUAUUUUGGCUGAUAAACCCCGAGUCACGAAAUUCCCCAUUAAUUUCCAUCCAGAAAACAAUGACAAUGGACAACCUACCUCUCCUGACCAUGACAAUGGAGAACAGGCUCCUGCCUCUCCUGACCAUGCCGCAGAAGUCAAUUUGCAAGGAGAAGAACCAAAUGCUUCACCCAAUAAAUGUAAUGGGCAGUGUCCUCAAGCCUGGGAAACAAGAAGCAAGACCGUUGCUUUGGUGUCAAAAGUUUUCCUUCAGAGUUUGAUAUUUUAAUGAUGUCUUGUACCAAUUUGUUAUGGUCUCAAAUCCACACUGCCUGAAUGGUAUUUUUUAACUUAUGCCUUGAAAUGUACACAUGAAAUGUUGUAUCUGCUGGAGUUGUAGCUGAGACAAAUCAUUCUUAAAUUAAAUGCUUGGUUACAGUCCAGAAUUGAAUUA